UGGGCGGCUAUCGCUCUGGGUUGCGGUUUUCAGCUGGUCCCAAAGUCCUGAGUCACUGCGCGGUUUCUAUGGAAACAAGCGAUGAUGGGAUCGGGGGGUAGAGGGUGCCGGCUGCGGGAUCGGGGCGCGCCCGGCACCGCGCCGUCCCGAAAUCCCGCAUCUCCCGUCGAGGAAUAGGAGCAGAGAUUGGGAGGGCGGGCGACCGUGUGCGAACCGUCCUCCCGCAGUACGGGAGUUGGGGCUCUGUGAGAAGGGUGCAGUGUGGCUGGUCAGCACUAGAGAGCAGGAAAGAGGUCCCGCUUGGCAGCUUCCACUCAGAAGAUGGCACAUCCCGGACCUCUCUCGAAGAGGCAGACCUGGAAAAAUAAAUAAAGAAGCCUUGGAAAAAGUGUUGGCUUGCCGGCUCCAAAAGGGUUAGGAGAACCUCGUGGAGCCUCCAAGCCUACACUUUUUCUGAAGAACAUUCCAUGUCCCUGAAAGUCCUGGCUGGAAUCAUCUCUGGAGUUGUGCCAGCCUCUUGCUGUUGUCCUCUCCUCUGAAGCAGGCUCUGCAGUGCGUGGCUGGGAUCCAUGUGGUUAGACCCAAUGCGCGUGCACUGUGGGAGGGCGUUUGCUGGUGGUAGGAACGCUCCGGUCCUUCUCUCUUGUCCUUGCUCACCCCGUGCCUUCUCUGUUGGGUUGCAGACACCAAAACAACCUGUGAAGAAGCCCCAUGAAGGUGACCAGCCAUGCAAUGUUCCUGGAAGGCUGUCCUCCUACUAGCCUUGGCAUCCAUUGCGAUCCAGUACACAGCAAUCCGCACCUUCACCGCCAAAUCCUUCCACAGCUGCCCCAUCACCGUGAACUGCAGCCUGAGCCAGGAUGCUGACGCGGCCGAGCGGCUGUGUGAUGAGAGCCCCACUUUUGCCUACAACCUCUCCACCAGGAAGACGCAUGUCCUCAUCCUCGCCACCACCCGCAGCGGCUCCUCGUUCGUGGGACAGCUCUUUAACCAGCAUUUCGACGUCUUCUAUUUAUUCGAGCCCCUCUACCACGUGCAGUACACACUGAUCCCGAAGCUGACACAGAGCAAGAGCACGACAGACCGGCGGGUGAUGCUGGGGGCCAGCCGUGACCUGCUGCGCAGCCUGUAUGACUGCGACCUCUACUUCCUGGAGAACUACAUCAAGCCCCAGCCCAUCAAUCACACCACCGACCGCCUCUUCCGCAGGGGAGCCAGCAAGGCCUUGUGCUCGCCGCCAGUCUGCGAGGCCCUGGGCGCCGUCGAUCUCCACCUGGAAGAAGGGGACUGUGUGAAGAAGUGCGGCACCCUCAACCUGACGCUGGCCACCGAGUCCUGCAGGGAGCACGGGCACGUGGCCAUCAAAACCGUGCGGGUGCCCGAGGUAAGUGACCUGAGGGCGCUGGUGGAGGACCCGCGGCUGAACCUGAAGGUGAUCCAGCUGGUGAGGGACCCGCGGGGCAUCCUGGCGUCCCGCAGCGAGACCUUCCGGGACACCUACCGGCUCUGGAGGAUCUGGGAUGGCACCGGCAGGAAGCCCUACAACCUGGACGUCACCCAGCUCACCACAGUGUGCGAGGACUUCUGGAACUCCGUUUCCACCGGCCUCAACCGGCCGCCGUGGCUCAAGGGCAAGUACAUGCUGGUGCGGUACGAAGACCUGGCCCGGAACCCCAUGAAAAAGACCGAGGAGAUCUACGAUUUCCUGGGCAUCCCCAUGGACGGCAACGUCGAGCGCUGGAUACAGAACAACACGCGAGGGGACCGCUCCUCAUCCAAGCACAAGUAUGGGACGGUGCGCAACUCGGCGGCGACGGCGGAGAAGUGGCGCUUCCGUCUGUCCUACGAGAUCGUGGCGUUCACCCAGCGCGCCUGCCAGCAGGUGCUGGCACAGCUCGGCUACCGGGCCGCCCGCUCCGAGGAGGAGCUGAAGAACCUCUCCAUCAGCCUGGUAGAGGAAAGAGACUUCCUGCCCUUUUCCUAAGGCCGGGCCCCGAUUUUGAUACAGACCGUUUUGAACUGUUGCCUUAUUUUGUUUUCUUUUGUUUGGUUCCCCCCCGACCCUCUUUCUCGUCUUCUUCUCUCCAAAAUUUGCACUAAAUCUUGAGCGGGAAUCUCAAUGGAGUUCAGAGGAAGUGAUUCUUGCCUCUCAACACAUUUUGGGCGCACGAGGAAUCGGGUUUCUCCAAGCAAGAGCUAGAACUGUGGAUGGGUAACAAUGUUUACAAAACACACAAAAUGUAUAAAGCAACCUUCAAGCUUUCCAAACAGAAGGGUACCUGGGGUACUGUACUUUUGCACUGUUUACUUUUACAAUGUAAGAGGUAAAUAUAAAUAUAAUUUAUGAAUGGCAUCGUCCCCUCCAGAAUAACCCCCUUGUCCCACAAUGAGCAGGUCAGACUGGAAGCUGAACGCGGAGCAACCUCCUUGUCUCAGAUCUCAGUUCAAUAUGUCUGUUGGAGUUCUGUUAUGAGACUGAGCAGGCGGUCAGCUGCUCCUACAUGGUGGUUUGGUAGCACCUGUGAUACUUCUUUGUGCCAAAAUCCCACAACAGGGGAAAAAAAAAA